AUGUCUCUCGGCCAGCGCCUGGCCCGGCUGGCCGCCCACCUGCAGGACCCGCGAAAAGUGGCCGCGUUCCAGCGGCUCUGCGGGGUGGAGGGGCCCUCGGGCUGGGCCGGCGCGGAGCAACGGGGCCCGGUGGCGAACGGCGGCCCCACGGGCGGGCAGGCGCAUCCCACUGGGAACGGGGCCGUUCCCGGCGCGGCGGGAACCCCGCGGCGCUGGAGGAGGAGGCCGCGCCGAAACUCGCUGACGGAGGAGGAGGACGGCAGCCAGGAGUUCGCCACUCGCAGCCGCUUCCUCUACUAUCUGUUCAGCCUGGGCACGGAGCUGGGCAACGAGCUCUUCUACAUCCUCUUUUUCCCUUUCUGCAUCUGGAAUGUGGACGCCUGGCUGGGCCGGAGACUCAUCAUCAUCUGGGUGUGGGUGAUGUACCUGGGGCAGUGCACCAAGGAUGUGAUCCGCUGGCCGCGUCCUGCCUCGCCGCCCGUGGUGAAGCUGGAGGUCUUCUACAACUCCGAGUACAGCAUGCCCUCCACCCACGCCAUGUCGGGCACCGCCAUCCCCCUGGCGCUCCUGCUGCUCAGCUACGGCCGCUGGCAGUAUCCCCUUAUGUUUGGACUGAUCCUGGCAUUCAGCUGGUGUUCUUUGGUUUGCUGUAGUCGAAUUUAUAUGGGAAUGCAUUCAAUUUUGGAUGUUAUUGCUGGAUUUCUGUAUGCUAUUCUUAUCCUGGUUGUCUUCCAUCCAGUUGUGGACCUGAUUGAUAACUUCAACUUAACUUACAGAUAUGCACCCUUAAUUAUCAUCAGUCUCCAUUUGGCCCUGGGAAUCUUCUCUUUCACCCUGGACACGUGGAGCACGUCACGAGGAGACACAGCUCAGAUCCUGGGCUGCGGUGCCGGCGUGGCCUGUGGCUCUCACGUCAACUACAUCCUGGGUCUGCAGCUGGAUCCUCCUCCCCACACCCUGCCCUUGUCUCUGUCCUCCCUCACCGUGACUGUGUUUGGAAAAGCCAUACUGCGCUUGUUGAUUGGAGUCAUCGUUCUGUUGUUAACAAAAGUGGCCAUGAAAAAAGCCACGAUUCCGCUGGCGUGUAAAAUGUUCCGCAUCCCGCACGAGGACGUUCGGAGAGCCCGGCAGCGCAUGGAGGUCGAGCUGCCCUAUCGCUACAUUACCUAUGGCAUGGUUGGGUUCUCCCUCAUGUUCAUUGCUCCUUGCCUCUUCCAUUUCAUUGGUCUUUCCUGAGGCAGU